CUUAUUUCCGUUCAACCUAAUGCUUUACCAGUAUUUCAAGACUUGCAACACGUCGAUCCCAGUCGAUACGGUUAUCUAUGUUGUGGAUGUAAGAGAUGACGAACAAUUAACCUUGAGGUUGACAUGUGAUCCUUCCCCAUGCCCGUUUGCUUUGAACAAUGACGGAGAGGUUAGAGUUACUUCUGACUUUCCGAAAGCUCAAACUGAUUUUCUUUGGACAUUUACGGCUGAUGACAGCUUUGUUUCAGUCACGUCUCCGACCGUUAAUGUUGCAAUAACUGGUAUCAACACACCUCCUACCUUUGUCUAUUUAAACAAUUCUGCUGUUGUCGCCGAGAAAUCGCCUAUCGGUUUGACAGAUAUCAAGUUGCUUGCAAUAAUCGACAGUAACGAACUCAACAGUGUCACAGUUACCUUUACUCCUGCUCUUUGUGCCAACAUGUUCUUCCUGCCAGACAGUCUUACCUCGAGCAAUGUUUUGGUCCUAAACGUUCUCUCAGAAUUGGAUUAUGAAACCGAUCCUACGUAUUGCACCUUGCACGUUACGUUGUUUGACGGUCUUUUUACGUCCGAUCCAUGCGUGUUAACCGUUGAAAUAAUUGACGUCGAUGAGAAUCCUGUUUGGACUGAUAGCGCUUACGUACAAACUUUAACGGAAGUUACGAGCGGAACUACUGUCUUUACGUCACGCUACGGUGCAUCUGACCCCGAAGGCACUAAUGUCUCCUAUAGCAUUUCUUGCGGGACUGACAGCGGGUUUCUGAGUGUCGAGAAACAUGCAGUUGUUGUUACCAUGGCAACUACAUUUGACCUGGAUGCGGCUGGAGUAGAACAUUACAAAAUGGUAUGCAACUUAACGGCGACUGAUGCCGAAAGCAAUAUGGCAGCCAUACCGUUUACACUCCGCAUAGAGGACGCAAAUGAUAAUUAUCCCGUCUUUAAAAAGGGAUCGUAUACGUUUGAAAUAUAUCAAGGUAAUAAGUCAAUAGGCAGCGAGGUAGGGAAAGUGACAGCCACUGACGCGGAUAUUUCUUCCCCAAAUAAUGAACUUACCUUCUCAGUCUCCCCAACAACGGAUUUCUAUAUCACCGGAGACGCCAUUAUCCAUAGCAAGGUUGACAUUGGAUCAUUAUCUGGAUUGUCAACGUUUGAACUUAACAUAACUGCAACUGAUGGCGGGGAACCGGCACUUUCAACAACAGUACAAAUAGUUGUCGUUGUGAUUCCUAACGACGUUGAAAUUUAUACACAAAUUCCUAUUUCUGGGUCUCCAACCAAUGCUGUUCCGGUAGAUCAGUCUGCGGAAAGCACUACAAGCGAACGCUUCUUUGGUGAUAAAGGCAGCGCUGGCAUAUUUGCCGUAAGCUUAAUAACAAUGCUAGGAGUUCUUACUGGCGUCGGAUUUGUUGCUUGGAAGCUACGUGCAGGCAAUCUGAUGGCUCCAAAACAAAACGCAACAACAACUGACCAAAGUAAUAAUUCCAACAGGCUGUCCAGCCUAGAAGAAUAUUCAAAGCCAGCAAGUCCGGGAAACGAUUACCUACCAACCGCUUUCACGCUAACUGCUCACAGGUCAGCAAGGCCAGCAACGGUCUCCAUGGACGUGAAAACAGCCUGGAAAUACUGACAAUUCAACAGUGUAUUUCAGACAGGAUGUUCCUCCUGAUCUUAUAUAUGUUGGACAUUAUGUGCAUUUAGGCUAAUUAAACUGAAAAACUAUUAAGCAUUUACAAUUUGAGAGUGAAUAUGUUUUAAAUAUUGAUUGUCGACCAUAGUGUUAUAAUGUAAUAUUUUAUAGUCUGAUUCUAUAAGUCUACACAUUGGCGGCGUCUUGACUCAAUUAUUAAAUUGUAUUCCUUUCAAUUGAACAUAGAUGAAAACCCAAACCUUAAAUUUAUUUGAACAGAUGAUUUCAGCUCCAAGGUUGUUUCCCAAAUUCAUCUUUCAAACGGUAUUGUUAUUCAGCUUCAAUUAUUAUUCAAUACAGUUACGUUUUUACUUUCAGGAAGCAUGGGCAUUUUCUGUUGAAAGAGAUAUACUUGAAUCGCCAAUCUGUUUAAAUGUAAAACGUUGAGAUAUUUCAACAAGCUGGCAUUAUAAGCACCAAUUACAAUACAAUUUGCUAUAUUCUCUGUUGAAUUUUUAAUGAUGUCCAUCUUCAAUCUGUACCAUACAUUAACUAUUUUAAUUGCAAAAUUGAUUUUUACUGUUGUCCUUGUUUUAUUUAAGACAAAAAAAAUAUUAUUUUCUUACGAAAUCACCAAAACAGCAAAUUAUUGCACUAGCAUUAUUUAUGUAAGAUAUAUAACAUAAAUUCAGAAGUGACUACACCGUGCCACAUGUCUUUUGUUCUCUUCUUACUCAUGACAUUGAAUCAAAGAUGGUUAUUUCAUAUCAGAACAUGGGCACCUUUCCAUUUUUACGAGUAUAUGU